AUGCCGGGACUAAGCUGUAGAUUUUACCAGCAUAAAUUUCCAGAGGUGGAUGAUGUAGUGAUGGUCAACGUUCGGUCCAUUGCUGAAAUGGGAGCCUAUGUCAGCCUGCUGGAGUACAACAACAUUGAAGGCAUGAUCCUUCUCAGUGAGCUUUCCAGAAGACGUAUUCGUUCCAUAAACAAACUCAUCCGCAUUGGGAGGAAUGAAUGUGUCGUGGUCAUAAGAGUUGACAAAGAGAAAGGCUAUAUUGACUUGUCAAAAAGAAGAGUUUCUCCAGAGGAGGCACUCAAAUGUGAAGACAAAUUCACAAAAUCAAAGACUGUUUACAGCAUCCUUCGCCACGUUGCUGAAGUCUUGGAGUACACUAAGGAUGAGCAGCUUGAGAGUCUGUUCCAGAGAACUGCCUGGGUCUUUGAUGACAAGUACAAAAGACCAGGAUAUGGUGCCUAUGAUGCAUUCAAGCAUGCAGUCUCUGACCCCGCAAUCCUGGAUAGCCUGGAUCUGACAGAGGAAGAGAGACGUGUACUGAUUGACAACAUUAACAGGCGUCUAACACCACAAGCAGUCAAAAUCCGAGCCGAUAUUGAGGUGGCCUGUUAUGGUUAUGAAGGCAUAGAUGCAGUAAAAGAAGCUUUGAGAGCAGGAUUAAACUGUUCCACAGAGAACAUGCCCAUUAAAAUUAAUCUGAUAGCCCCUCCUCGUUAUGUGAUGACUACUACAACACUGGAGAGAACUGAAGGACUGUCUGUUCUGAAUCAAGCCAUGGCUGUAAUUAAAGAAAAAAUUGAGGAAAAGAGAGGAGUCUUUAAUGUGCAGAUGGAGCCUAAGGUGGUAACUGACACAGAUGAGACUGAACUUGCAAGGCAGUUGGAAAGACUGGAGAGGGAAAAUGCAGAAGUGGAUGGAGAUGAUGAUGCUGAAGAAAUGGAAGCCAAAACUGAAGACUAACUGUUCUGGAAAAUUGAAAAAAGAGACCAUACAAAAAACUGGAGACCCUGUUGCAAACACUCUGAGCUAAAUGUUUCCAGUAUUGACAACUUCAAAUGCAAAUGCUUGAAGUGUUUUACUGUUUAAAAAAGGCCAAUAUGUGAAAGGCUCUUCUGAAUAAUAUUUGAUGCAGCAGCUUGCACAAAUUGAAUCCUUUGAAGUGAACCUGUCUAGUCAAGUUCAAGGCACAAAUCUGGCCAGAGGGAGGUUGAAGCUCCAUGCUUAACAUUUUCAUACAUAACAAUUCCUAAUUGGUGAUUUACAGCUCAGUGGAAGCACCAAAACAAAGCAAGCUGAACAGUUCUAUACAGAAUGUAUUUGACUAAAUAUUGAAUAAAUUUCUGGGCUAUGUAACUC